GAAGGUUGUUUUUCAAAGAUCACCCCCUUACUACUACUACUACUAGUUCCAAAGCAACGUCCCUACUACUGUCAAUGACAGUAUUACUACUUACCUAUGGGUUGUCCCUUGACGUUGUCAACCCACAGUGAUACUUCUUUUUAAGACGCCCCUGAUGGUUAAAAGUGGGAGCUGAACCCGUGCACGCCAUUGUCAUCCGUCACGGACUUUGUUGCAGCCGAAACCUUCCUACAAGGUACAGCUGCUCCUUACAGCAUGAUGCAGCUACUGAUUUUUAGUUCCUUGCUCUUAGCAGCCAGUGUAACUGCGGAAACCUGCCCGGGGGGCCUUGUCAGGUGUCCAGAUUUCAUGACUUGUUGCCAGCUGACCAGCGAAAAAGAUUAUGGAUGCUGCCCCUUCCCAGAAGCCAAAUGCUGUUCUGAUCAUAUACACUGUUGCCCACACAGUAUGGACUGUGAUAUAGCUCACCAAGCCUGUGUUAGGAAUGGUUCCUCAGUCCAGUUUCAAUGGUAUGUUCCUGUUAACCCUGAAAUGGCAGAACCUAUUUUGCUAGAAUUGGAGCAAGGAGAAAGAAAUGAUGUUCAACAACUCACAGAUACAGAUAAGCAGGAGAGAAAUGCUGUACAACAACAGACAGGAAGCUCUAAUGAAUGCCCUGAUAAUACUUCCUGCCAUUCUUCAUUUACCUGCUGUAAAAUGUAUAGUGGAAGUUAUGGGUGUUGUCCAUUCAAUAACGGUACUUGUUGCAUGGAUGGAUUUCAUUGUUGUCCCCAUGGAUCGAAGUGCUCACCAUCAGGAUCAUGCUAUAGUGCUGAAAUGAAUUAUGUUGUACAUGCAUAUCCUUUGGGAGGGAAGUUUCAAAAGGCAUUGAAGAAGAAGAAUGGUUUGGGAAAGCCUCAUCAUCAAGAAGUUUCUGAUCCAGGUGGUCUUUGUCCUGAUGGUCAUCCUUGUCCAGAGAGGUACACUUGCUGCAAAAUUAGUGGAAAGCGUUAUGGUUGUUGCCCAUACUCGGAGGCAAUGUGUUGUGAUGAUGGCAUUCAUUGCUGCCCCAAGGGAACUAAUUGCAAUACGACCUUAGGGACGUGUGAUGUUCAAAAGACUUUUCAUUGGUCAUUUCCAAUUCAUCGUUUAGAAGCCUUGCUGUGGACAGAGUCAUCAGGGACCCCUGAUAAUAAGGUACAUGUCAGUGAUGUGGUGUGUCCUGACGAGCGAUAUCAUUGUCCUUUACACACAACUUGUUGCCAGCUUAAGAGUGGAGACUAUGGAUGUUGUCCAAUGGAAAGAGCAACCUGUUGUGAAGACAAAGAACAUUGCUGUCCAAAUGGUUUUCAAUGCACUGUUGGUGGCUGUGUUCGUGGUACUGUACGUCUUCCAUCUUUCCUUAGGAUUACACCUUCGCAGCAGAGAACAUCUAUUUUACAGGAUGGCAAGACAUCACUAAAAACCGAAACAAAUAUAAGUAGUGUGAUUUGCCCAGAUGAUUAUCCAUGCCCGGAUGGCAAUACAUGUUGUGAACUGGAGACGGGUGAUUAUGGAUGCUGUCCUAUGGAAAAGGCAACCUGCUGUGCAGAUAAGGUACAUUGCUGUCCUCAUGGAUACCGGUGUAUUAAUGAUGGAUGCAAAAAGGAGUCAGAAGAAUUUGAAUACCCUGUCACCAUUAAUUCAACUAAACUCCAGCGAAAAUUUGAGGAUGGCAAGACAUCACCAAGAACAGAAACCAGUACAAGUAGUGUGGUAUGUCCAGAUGGUUAUCCGUGUCCAGAUGGCAAUACAUGUUGUGAACUUGAGACUGGUGACUAUGGAUGCUGUCCUAUGGAAAAGGCAACCUGCUGUGCAGAUAAGGUACAUUGCUGUCCUCAUGGAUACCGGUGCAUUAAUGGUGGAUGCCAAAAGGAGUCAGAAGAAUUUGAGCACCCUAUCACCAUUAAUUCAACUAAACUCCAACGAAAAUUUGAGGUAAAGGGCACUGAGACUGAAGGCAAGCACAAGGGAAUGCCAGAAGAAGACUUGCAUGAAUUGUGUCCUGACCAGUCGGAAUGCCCUGAUGGUGCAACUUGCUGUGAAGUAGAAGAAGGUGGUUAUGGCUGUUGUGCCUAUGACAAGGCAACAUGCUGUGGUGAUAAGGUGCAUUGUUGCCCACAUGGCUAUUGGUGCACAGAUGAGGGAUGUGACAGAAUGCCAGAAGCGAAAGAACAUUAUGCACCAUUCUUGCUGAAGCUUUUUAAUACUAAGAAAACAGAAGUGUAGCAUGAUGCUGUAAUUCACUCCUAAUUUUUUGUUUUUGUUUUGUUACUGAAAAUAUUAAUUUUAAUUUUAUCAGUUCUCAUUCAAGAUUUUUUUUAAUAACAAUUGUGAUUUUUUUUUCUAAAUGGAAGGUGGGUGCCAUUAUCCAUCAAGAUAUAUUUUCCCUUUAUAUAGUGAAAUGUUUUUGUCAAAAGAAUUUGGAGAAAAAAAUUUAACCUUUAAUUAAUUUUUUAAGAACAGCCCAUCUGUUGUAUUUUAUGAGAAAUUUCAGUCUUAAGGAAAGUGAUUAGUGGAGGUAGUAUCUCUCAGUAAAAUGUAUAAUUUUUCUAUCUACCUAAAUUUGUAAAAUAAUUUUUUUUUAUCCCUAAUAGCAUGUUAAUUUAUCCUAGUACCUUUGGAUUUCUGGAAUUUACUCAAAACUUGUGAUACCUCAAUCCUUUGUGUUCACAAAAUUGCAAUUACAAAUUUAGCAUUAGGUAUAAAAAGUUUCUAUUAGCAGGUAUCAAGGUUAUACUACAUAAAAUAAAAAACUUUAUGUAUAUUAUGAAUUUUUAACAAAUUGUAUAGAAUUCUCAUUUAUUCAUACAUUAAACUAGUAUCCCAUAUAUGAGCUGAGAUCAGAUAAAUAAUUUGUAAGUUGGGAAGUAGUAUUUUGUAUAUGAGUAAACUUUUUGAACAAAAGUAAAA